UCCUGGUGACAUCAGUUCUGUAUUUAGCGUUGUGUACAGAAACUUCUUCUUCUCUUUAAUGUCCAACUACUGUGGAAGACGCCUCCUGUCUCUGACAUUAGCCUCAGAAUACUCUUUGUACGAUCACAGUUUAAAGUUCACGCAUGCAGCAGAAUGGAUCGUUUGCCUUUAGCUUGCCGUGUGACAUUAACCCAUUUUUCAUGGAUACUCGUUUUGCUUCUACUGUUUAAUGGCGAUGGAGUUUCAGCACAAGACACCGACGACUGUAUUGGUGUGACCUGUCAAAAUGGAGGAAUUUGUGUGGACGGCGUAAACCGCUAUAGCUGUAAUUGUGCACCUGGCUUUGAAGGACGUCACUGUGAAACAAAUAUCGACGAAUGUGCAACUGACACAGACAACUGCCACACUGAGGCAACCUGUACUGACACAGAGGGUAGUUUCAUCUGUACCUGUAACAACGGUUACAUCGGGGACGGAGUAAACUGUUUUGUAAAUACGACAGCUAUAACAACCCAGAAAACAUUCCAAACAACCGAGGAAACGACAAUUCAAACAACCCACUUUACAACGGACAAAACCACCCGCGGCCGGGUGACGACACAAAUUCCGACGACCUUCCGAACGGCAGCAGUAGAUCCAACCACGGUCAUCUCGACAGCUCUAACAACCCAGAAAACCACCCUGCCGACGUCAAACGUACCGACGACUUUCACAACAACGACCUACUCAACGACAGCAAUAACCACAGUAACCACAGCCAUCCCGACGACGCCGAUGAAAAACACGACAACAACUAAAACCCCUCCAACCACGUGUUACGGCGGAACGGUGACCGUAAUUGACACCUUCGUCAACUUCGUGAACCUGACCUUUCCAGACUCUGCCGCAGACACGCAUGCGUACUCAAACGAAACGUGUGCCAACAACACGGAAAGUGCGGGUAUUCCGUUGGCGGUCCGAAGAUGUGUGGGGAGUGUUGAGACCGGAGUUAGCUGGGCCAGUCCAGAGCUGCUGGACUGUGGGCUGGACUUGUCCACACUGGCACAGGUUGCAGUAACGGCAGAAAAUGCAGCAGAAGUUGCUUCAGACUUGCAGAUCCUAACCUCCGCCGGGAGUUCCCUCAUGGCCGAAAACAUCGCAGACGCCUCCACUGUCCUGGAGAGCCUGGCGAACACCACCGGAGACGAAAAUGUCGGCUAUUCCUUGGUCGUGUCGGUUGAUCAGAUCAUGAACAGUGAUGAUGACGUUCUGUAUCAGAGUCAAGCCAACAAUCAAUCUCUCUCUAGAAUUGUGCGGGCUAUUGAGCAGUUCAAUGACCGAGUAAAUCUGACAUCAAACCGCUUCCGCCGCAUCGAGAAAAACAUCGGUGUGGAAACCUACCAGAUCGGAGCUGCAGAACUGGUUAACAGUGUUGGUUUCGCAUUGCUUGACGGCAGUGAAGACCUUGAGGACGGGUUGGUGCGGUCCUAUUCUGACUCCUCCUCCAUCCCCACUGAUCAGGUGGAUGCUUCCAUAGUCUUGCCUGCCGCCGACAUCCUGAAGAAAAGUAUACCUGAUACCGGCGACAUGCAAGUUCGUCUGAAUUUCAUCGUCUACGGAAACAGCCGGUUGUUCCAGUCCAACCAGACCUCAGCCGGCACGACAACCAGGGUCAACAGCAGGGUCAUCGCCAGUAGGGUCACCGGCUUCGAGUUCAAGAAUCUGUCCAGCCCGGUAGUGACAAGAUACAUUCCUCUUGUUCAAAACGGUACAAACACCACAGUGAAGAACGUGAGGUGUGUUUACUGGGACUUCAUGGCUGCAGGAGGGACCGGCGCCUGGUCAGCCGAGGGGUGUGCCUUUGCCGGGAUCGACAACGGCAGGGCGGUGUGCCACUGCAACCAUCUUACCAACUUCGCUGUUUUGAUGGACAUCUAUGGCGGUUUGCAGAGCUUUGCCCUGGAUCUGAUCAGUACAAUCGGCAUUGCCCUGUCCAUCACAGGCCUCAGCCUAACUCUCCUCUCCUACCUUAUAUUCAAGCAGCUUCGCCAGACCCGACCGCAGCACAUCCUCGCCAACCUGUGCAUCGCCCUGCUGGCAACCCUCAUCCUCUUCCUGGCCGGCAUCGACGCUACCCACUCUCCGGUGGGCUGCACCGUCGUGGCGUUCCUCCUGCACUACUUCCUCCUGGCUGCCUUCAUGUGGAUGGCCGUGGAAGCCUUCAACAUGUAUCUGGCCUUCGUCAUAGUGUUGGGGGCACACGUUUCAAGACUCAUACUCAAGGCUGCCAUAUUUGCGUGGGGUCUUCCUUUGAUCAUUGCCAUCGCCACCUUGGUUGUGGAUGUGCCCAGCACAUAUCCUUAUGGACAGGAGACCUACAGGAGCACUGACAUUUGCUGGCUGCAGGGUAACCAGCUGUACUACGGUGUCCUGUUGCCUGCCGGACUGGUGCUACUGUUUAACGUCAUUGUGUACAUCGUGGUCAUCGGCAAGCUGGCCUGUGGAGGGAGGACCGACGGACGAGUUGCAGACCCAGAGAGCGGCGCGACCAGGCAGAACCUGCGCAUCGCCAUCGCCGUCAUGGUGCUGGUCGGACUCACCUGGGUCUUCGGAUUCUUCAUGAUCAGUCACGGAAGGAUUGUGUUUUCUUACUUGUUUUGCAUCUUCAACUCCCUGCAAGGAUUCUUCAUUUUCAUCUUCCAUUGUCUGAGGCAGAAGGAAGUGCAGAACCUGUGGUUCAAGUAUUGCGGCUGUUGCGCGGGAGACUCUCAAACAACCACCAAGUCUUCAACAGGGAAGUCCACUUCCAGUCCGAGUGAGUCCAAUUCGGAGAGUUCUUCGCGGGAACAGCAGAAUGGAAACGCAUCCAUGGAUGUCUAUAUAGAAUAGCGUUUAAAGUAUUCGAAUGAAAGCUUACCUGGGUUGAUAGAAUCCACAGUUGUAGAGUUCAAGCUUUGUUCCAACACAAGAAAGGAACUCAUCGACCCUCUCUGAACCGUGACGGAGGGAGAUUCCCGCAUUUUUUUUAUUCACUCCAGGCGUCAUCACGCUUCCGACGUCAGCAAUUGCAUCACACAUAUGAUGAGGUUGACCAGAUCGACCGAAAAUUCAUGGUGAGUGCCUUUCUUGUGUUGGAACAAAGCUUGAAUUCUGCAACAGUGAUUAAAAUAAUUGUAACACC